AUGUCGGCCUUGAAGUCUGAGCGCAAAUAUUCAAACAACUAUUCAGGUAUAACGGCCAUGUUCUCGCAGCAGCCCCAGGACCUGGUGGUGGUAGCUGGUCAGCCUGUCACAUUGCCCUGCACUAUCCCGGGAUACCAAGGAGUGGUGCUGUGGAUCAAAGAUGGUCUGGCCUUGGGAGUGGGCCGAGACCUCUCAGGCUAUCCUCGCUACACAGUGAUUGGGGACCGCGGCUCAGGAGAGCACCAUCUCCGCAUACAGCACGUAGAGUUAAUGGAUGAUGCUGUGUUUGAAUGUCAAGCUGUCCAAGCUGCAAUGAGGUCUCGCCCAGCCCGCCUUACUGUACUAGUUCCACCUGAUGACCCUGUGAUCAGCGGUGGUCCGGUGGUCAGCCUCAGAGCUGGUGACCCUCUGAAUUUGACCUGUCACGCUGACAACGCCAAACCAGCCGCCUCCAUCAUCUGGAUCCGUAAUGGAGAGGUCCUUAACGGGGCCAUGUACUCCAAGACGUUACUCAGAGACGGCAGAAAAGAGAGCACAGUGAGCACGCUGUACUUAUCCCCAACAAACAUCGAGACUGGGCAGCAGAUCAUCUGUAAGGCCUCCAACAAGGCAGUGCCCAACGGCAAGGAGACCAGUGUCACCAUCGACAUCCAGCAUCUUCCUCUUGUCAACCUCUCAGUGGAGCCACAGCCUGUGUUGGAAGGCAACCUGGUGAGAUUUCACUGCUCAGCCAAGGCCAACCCCCCUGUCACACAAUACAGGUGGGCCAAAGGCGGCAGUAUAAUUAAAGAGGUUUCUGGAGACACAUAUGAAGUUAUUGUGGACCAUUCCUUCUUUACUGAACCGGUCUCCUGCGAAGUAACCAACGCACUGGGCCACACCAACAUCAGUCGUAAUGUGGACGUCUACUUUGGGCCACGCAUGGCUGCUGAGCCUCAGUCGUUACAGGUGGACCUGGGCUCCGACGCUGUGUUCAACUGUGCGUGGACCGGAAACCCCUCGCUCACCAUUGUGUGGAUGAAGAGAGGCUCAGGGGUGGUUUUGAGCAACGAGAACCUCCUGACAUUGAAGUCUGUGAGACAAGAGGAUGCUGGGAAAUAUGUAUGCCGUGCUGUGGUCCCAAGAGUCGGAGCAGGCGAGAAGGAGGUUUCACUGACUGUCAAUGGGCCCCCAACUAUCUCCAGUACACAGACUCAGCAGGCGCUGCAUGGGGAAAAAGGACAAAUCAAGUGUUUUAUUAGGAGCACCCCUCCUCCAGACCGCAUUGCCUGGUCGUGGAAGGAGACCGUUCUGGAGUCGGGCACAUCUGGCCGUUACACAGUAGAGACAGUGAGCACAGAGGAGGGGGUCAUUUCCACUUUGACCAUGAGUAACAUCGUACCAGCAGACUUCCAGACCAUCUACAACUGCACGGCCUGGAACAGCUUUGGCUCUGACACCGAGAUCAUACGCCUGAAGGAACAAGAGUCUCUCCCCGUGGCAGUGAUCAUUGGAAUAGCAGUGGGAGCCUUCGUGGCCUUCAUCGUUCUCCUGGGAACCAUUGGCGCGUUUUGUUGCACCCGCUCCCAGAGAAAGGAAGCGCACCUGGUUAUGCCCUCACUGCCCGCCUCCAUCUGUGCUCACCAGAGAGAACUUGCAAGCAAAAUUAAGACAGAAAAUCUGAAAGGAGUGGUGUCGGCCAAAAAUGACAUCCGCGUAGAGAUUGUACACAAAGACCAUAAUGCAGCGCGAGAGAAUGAAGAACAGGCGUCCAUGAAACAGCUGAUGGUUGAGAGGGGCGAGUUUCAGCAGGAGUCAGUUCUGAAGCAGCUGGAAGUGUUACAAGAGGAAGAGAAGGAGUAUCAGCACAUUAAGGAUCCUACAAAUGGAUACUACAGCGUGAACACCUUUAAAGAGCACCACACGCCCACGAUGACAGGCAGCCAGCCGGCCGAGGUCAGGAAUCCCAGCAGCACUGGCACUCUUGGGAAGCAGAGGGUCCCCACAGGCAUGUCCUUCAACAACAUCUACUCCACUCUGGGGGCAGGCUCCAACCGCCUGUACGACUACAGCCAGCGCUUCGUGCUGGGCAUGGGCAGCAGUUCCAUUGAGCUGUGUGAGCGCGAGUUCCAACGCGCCUCCCUCAGCGACUCCAGCUCCUUCAUCGACACACAGUGUGACAGCAGCGUGAGCAGCUAUAGUAAACCAGAUGGGUAUGUGCAGUUUGACAAAGACAGUAAAGUGUCAGCGUCCUCUUCCUCACACUACUCUCAGUCGUCCUCUCAGAACUCAGACCUGACCAGGCCUCUGCAGAAACGCAUGCAGACUCAUGUCUGA